AUGUCGAAGGUCCCAUCUCAACAGGACAAUGAAACAAUGCAAUUCUUUGAAACCUUCAAGAAACUCAAACGCUUGCAAUUGAGAUUCUUUGAGCCAUCUUUAGGUGUUCUUGGAUUCUUUUUUGUUACAGUUUGUGUUAUUUUUUGCUUCUUUUACUUAGAUUACAGGGCUGUUAUUGUUAAAGGGUAUACAGUUCCUGGUACAUCAGAGAGCUUUAUGUGGUUGCGGAUAAAUGGGUCAGGAAAAAAUAAAAGGGUGGAGUUUUUGGAAGAAGAAGGUAAUGGAUGUGAUCUAUUUGAUGGAGAUUGGGUGUGGGAUGAGAAGUACCCAUUGUAUCAGUCUAAAGAUUGUAGAUUUCUGGAUCAGGGGUUUAGGUGUUCUGAGAAUGGAAGGCCUGAUUCUUUCUACACCAAAUGGAGAUGGCAACCCAAGCAUUGCAACUUGCCCAGAUUUGAUGGAAAAAUGAUGUUGGAGAAACUACGAAACAAACGGUUAGUGUUUGCUGGAGAUUCAAUUGGAAGAAAUCAGUGGGAGUCCUUCCUAUGCAUGCUGUCUUCUGCAGUUCCAAAUAAGGAUUCCAUCUAUGAAGUGAAUGGCAAUCCAAUUACAAAGCAUAAAGGAUUCUUGGUAUUCAUGUUUAAGGAUUAUAAUUGCACAGUGGAGUAUUACAGGUCUCCAUUUCUUGUAUUGCAGAGCAGGCCUCCAGCUGGGUCGCCACAAAAGGUUAGAUUAACACUUAAAUUGGAUCGAAUGGAUUGGAACUCUGUCAAAUGGAGAACUGCCGACGUGUUGGUCCUCAACAUGGGCCAUUGGUGGAAUUAUGAGAAAACCAUAAGAGGGGGUUCUUACUUUCAAGUAGGGGAAGAAGUGAAACUGGAAAUGGGGGUAGAAGAUGCAUAUAGGAGGUCUUUAGAGACUGUGGUGAACUGGAUAAAGCUUGAAGUGAACACGAGCAAGACCCGAGUCUUCUUUCGUACAUUUGCCCCUGUGCACUUCAGAGGUGGAGACUGGAGAACAGGGGGACACUGUCACUUGGAGACAUUGCCGGAGCUAGGCUCAUCUUUGGUGCCAUCCGAAACAUGGGCCCAAUUCAAAAUAGUAACUGAUGUCUUCUCAUCUCAUUCAAACCAGGUCGCAGAAUUUAGGAUAUUGAAUGUAACCGCUAUGAGUGCAAGAAGAAAAGAUGGGCAUUCUUCUCUAUACUAUCAGGGUUCCAAUCCUGCACCGCUGCAUAGGCAGGACUGCAGCCACUGGUGCCUGCCUGGAGUCCCCGACUCAUGGAAUGAGUUACUCUAUGCGCUAUUCCUCAAGCGUGGAGCUACUCAGACUUUUAACCAAUCAUCAUAUAAGGCACAAGUCUGA